AUGGCGCUGGGGCUCUUCCGGGUGUGCCUCGUGGUGGUCACGGCCAUCAUCAACCACCCACUGCUGUUCCCGCGGGAGAACGCCACGGUCCCCGAGAACGAGGAGGACAUCAUCCGCAAGAUGCAGGUGCUGGAGGAGAAGCUGCAUCUGGAGCAGCUGCGCCUGGAGGAGGAGGUGGCGCAGCUGGCCGCCCAGAAGGAGGCCCUGGAGCGGGUGGCCGAGGAGGCCCAGCAGCAGAACGAGAGCCGCACGGCCUGGGACCUGUGGAGCACCCUCUGCAUGAUCCUCUUCCUGGUGAUCGAGGUUUGGCGGCAGGACCACCAGGACGGGCCCUCGCCCGAGUGCCUGGGCGGGGACGAGGACGAGCUGCCCAGCCUGGAGGGUGCCCCGCUCCGAGGCCUCAUCCUGCCCAACAAGGCCACGCUGGACCACUUUUACGAGCGCUGCAUCCGGGGGGCCACGGCGGACGCCGCCCGCACCCGGGAGUUUGUGGAAGGCUUUGUGGAUGACCUGCUGGAAGCCCUGAGGAGCCUGUGCAACCGGGACAGGGACAUGGAGGUGGAGGACUUCAUCGGCGUGGACAGCAUGUACGAGAACUGGCAGGUGGACAAGCCGCUGCUGUGCCACCUUUUUGUGCCCUUCAUCCCCCCUGAGCCCUACCACUUCCGCCCAGAGCUCUGGUGCUCCAGCCGCUCGGUGCCCUUGAAUCGCCAGGGCUAUGGCCAGAUCAAGGUGGUCCGGGCAGACGAGGACACGCUGGGCUGUAUCUGUGGCAAGACGAAGCUCGGGGAAGACCUGCUGUGUCUCCUCCAUGGCAAGAACCACUUGGCACAGCCCACCAGCGAGGCGGAAGACCCCCUGUGUGCCAGAGGCUCCCCGUACCUGGACACGAUGCAGGUCAUGAAGUGGUUCCAGGUGGCCCUCACCAGAGCCUGGCACCGCAUCGCCCACAAGUACGAGUUCGACCUGGCCUUUGGCCAGCUGGACACCCCGGGGUCCCUCAGGAUCAGGUUCCGCUCGGGGAAGUUCAUGCCCUUCCACCUGAUUCCUGUGAUCCAGUGUGACGACUCGGACCUGUACUUCAUCUCCCACCUUCCCAGGGAGCCCUGUGGGGGGGACCCGGCCUCCAGCACGGACUGGCUCCUGUCCUUUGCCGUCUACGAGCGGCACUUCCUCCGGAUGACGUCGAAGGCACUGCCCGAGGGCGCCUGCCACCUCAGCUGCUUGCAGAUCGCCUCCUUCCUGCUGUCCAAGCAGCGCCGCCUGACCGGCCCCAGCGGGCUGGGCGACUACCACCUGAAGACGGCACUGCUGCACCUCCUGCUCUCCCGGCGGCCCGCCGACUGGAAGGCCGGGCAGCUGGACGCCCGUCUGCGUGAGCUGCUCUGCUUCCUGGAGAAGAGCCUGCUGGAGAAGAAGCUCCAUCACUUCUUCAUCGGCAACCGCAAGGCGCCCGAGGCCCUGGGACUCCCUGAGGCCGUGCGCAGGGCCGAGCCCCUCAACCUCUUCCGGCCCUUCGUCCUGCAGCGGAGCCUCUACCGGGAGACCGUGGACUCCUUCUACGAGAUGCUCAAGAACGCCCCGGCGCUCAUCAGCGAGUACUCCCUGCACAUCCCCUCGGACCACGCGAACCUGCCCCCGAAAGCUGUCAUCCGGUAG